AUCCCACCCCUUUUCUUUUCCAUCAACCAUAGUGUUUUUCUUUGAGGAAUCUAGAAAGCCAUUCUAGAAGCGCCCGAAUCUCAUUUGCCAACUAGUUUCCUUACACUACCUGUAACCUGAUUAUUCUUUGAUUAAUCUAGACUCAUAUAACUACUACUAUAUCGUUUCCUAAUUUAUCUAUGCAGCCUAAGUAGAGCCUAUGUGGUUAUACAUAGACAGCUACCAAUCAACCCCAAAUGAGCCAGACAGCUAAGCAUAGCCAGUUCAAGUCCAAGAAGAUUUAAAAGAUGGUUGUCGUGGGGAUAAUGCUAAACCUGCUCCUCCUUAUCUUGUUUGCCAAAUAUGGUGUAUACGCUGAUUAUCGUGAUAGGCCUACUGUUAGAUUGGACGUCAUUUCUGUAGCUCAUUACCUUUAUAGGCGAAUCUGCACACUAAACAACUUAGCCUCCGCUAUCACUGAUCGGGGACCCCAGAUGCGAACCUCAUGGGCCCAGGUAAUUUAAAUAAGAAGCCCAGAGAAGACGGUCCUCAUGAAAUGUCAUUCUAGCGUAGCAGCUUAGUUGAUUUGUGCUUGUUUAGGAAGCUAUCGAUGAGCUAACCUUGCCUACUUACGAAGCCUUUUCAGGAUCGCGUGUUCGUUCAUCAAAUACCUCCAGCGCUGCCUACCUCAGCGCUGCCUACCUCAGCGCUGCCUACCUCAGCGCUGCCUACCUCAGCGCUGCCUACCUAUGUGUACAUGCUAGUGUAGACGCAAUACCGACAUAGGGCUAUAGACAGUACAUAGUAUGUCUUGUGCCUGUUGGUGCGGGCUACUACAUUAGGAGACUUAUUACUUUUCAUGUUAUGUGUGCCUCUUUUCGGCCCUAUACGGUAUCUAUCGCUACCGAAGACCCCUGCUCAAGUUGCCAAGUCAUCACUACCUUUGUAUAGGUAGGUAUAGUAACUACUAAUAGUAGGUUACUCACAAGAUCCGCUUUAUCAGAGUCACUUGACAAUGAAUCAUGACUAGUAGGGUUUGUUAUUCGGUCGAUUAAUAGACGAAUAGGAAAAUAAAUGUCGUUGUUUUCCGUUCUGCAGUAAUAAGAAAUAGCCUACAAGCAAAGAAAAUUCCCGGGCGACUAAUCGAGACGUUAUUAGGAGAAGUCAAUUUUAUAGUUAUUUCAAUUCGUACUUUUGAACCUGGCCCC